GCGGCAUCCUGGAAAGCUCCAGGUGGCCACCUUGGGCUUUUUUCCUUGUGCUUGAAUUCCCUUCACGCCCAUCACCUCCUCCACCAUCAACCAUCACCCAGGGCCAUCGCCAUCUGCAACGGCGCUGUGCUUCCCAUGACAAAUGGCCAGUCCGCCCGAGCGACGGACUCUUUGCUAAUUGCUGACUGACUCGAACCGCACCCACGCCUCGCGCGCCUCUCGCACACGACUGCACUUUUAGACGAGCGCUUUCCGUUAUCAACGUCUCGGCGUCCGACUCGCCCCAGCACUGGCUCUCUCGACCCGCCUGUCUUCGGCCUGGUGCUGAACAGGACCCUGCCAGCAUGCCUGCCAACGGCCCAAAGUCCAACGGCUCUGUCCGAUCCAAGCCCCCGCGAUCCUCCAAAGCCGCAACACCCGUAGUAGCCCCCUCGGCCAACGGCCAUGUGGUCAAGGCCCCCAGGGGGACACCCGCGCCGCCACGAUCCGGAGGCGUCCUAUCGACCCUCUUUGGGCUCGGCGCAAGGCUGCUGACCUGGUACGCCAUUAUCACAAUCCUCUUCCGCUGUCCCGAGACGCUCGACCGUUGCACCGAAGCCUCGCCCGCCGUCUGUGUGCCCUACUUCCAGCUCAAGCACAUCGUCGUCCCCCACGUCGAGCCCUACUACAACACCUACGCCGCCCCCUACGUCAAGACGGCCCGGCCCUACUAUGACGCGGUCGACCGCGCCGUCCUGACUCCCGCCCGGGGCUACGCAGUGAAGUACGGCGCGCCCGCCGCCGCCAAGGCCCAGGCCCUCGGCCACGCCCAGUGGCAAAAGACGGUCCAGCCCCAGCUGCUCAAGUACCAGGCUCUGGCCCGCGCCAAGUACGACGCGUCGCUCGCCCCGCAUGUCGACCGCGCCUCGGCCGCUGCCGGGCCCUACUACGACAUCGCGCGCACCAGCGCUCUGCAGACAUAUCAUGAGGUGAUCCUGCCAACCUACGACUUCGUCCAGCCCUAUGCCCUUCAGGGCUAUGCCGCUGCUUCGCACUUCGCCAUCAACACGGCUGUCCCUUCGGCCGUGUGGGCCUGGAACAAGACGUACAUCUUCCUCGACAGCAGUGUCUGGCCUCAGGUGAGGGUAAUCUACACGGACACGGUCGAGCCGCAGUUGGUCAGGAUAGGCAAGCGCCUCGGGAGGUACAACAAUACUGGUGCCCAAAAGGCCUCGUCCGAACCCUUCUCCAAAACCAUCUCGAGCAAGGCGGCAUCAUCCUUCACCAGACCCACGGCCUCGACAACCCCGACCAGCGCCGCCUACUCUGCGCCGCCCGUCGUGAGCUCGGCCAGUUCGGCCAUCAGGUCGGCUGCGUCGGCUAUCAGCAGCUCCAUCGCGUCGGCCGUCAAGCCCGCGGCGACGCCGCUGCCCAAGUUUAGCGAUAACACGCUAGAGCAGAUCGAGGCGCCCGAGGCCGACGAUGACGAGGAGGAGAAACGGCGGAUAGCGCGCGAGACGGUGGCCGAGGACCUCAAGCGCUGGCAGGAGAAGUACACCAAGGCUGCCGACGAGGGUGCGGCCGAGAUCCAGGAGCGCGUCAACGAGAUCGCCACGCAGAUGGCCGAUCACGAGAUCCACGGCACCGGCCAGGCGCUGGUGACCAAGCUGCAGGCGUCGCUCGUCUCGGAGCUGGUGACGCUGCGCCGCCGCAUCAUCGAAGUUGUCGGCUCUGUCCAAAAGGGCUCGGCAACGCCAGUUGCGGGCGAGGAGCAGAUAGUCAGCGCCGUCCGGGCGAGCGGGCUGCAAAUCAAGGAGCGUGCCGGCGCCGUGCGCACGUGGCACGAGAACUUUGACGACGAGGUCCGCACGCAGGUGACGGCAGCGGCCGACAGCCACUUUGAGAUACUUGGCUCCAUCCGCGACCUGGCGCUGCAGAAGAUCGGCAUGAAGUGGGCAUGGAUGGACGGCAUCACCUACAAGGACUGGGCCAAGUACCAUCUGCUCAAGACGCGAUUUGACGAGUGGGCGCAGGAUCUCGAGAAGCUCGUCGUCUCGCACCCGGGACUAAUCGAGUGCCAGAACGAGGCCCAAGCCAUUGAGGACCGGGCCAUGGAAUUGGCCUCCAACGCUGCCAGGGAGCUUGGCCGACUCAAGCAGGUCGCUCUCCUCAAGCUAUCCAUCCUCGAUGACAGCAACGAAUUUGACUCGGCAAAGACCCAAGCCGCUUAUGAGGCCGCGCAGAAGCUCAAGUCCCAGCCAGCGCCAGUGUCUGAGGCCGAGGAAGAUACUCGAGAACAGUCCAAACCGGCAGACGCUGCGGACACGCAAGUGCCGGAGCCUGCUGAGAAGGCCCUUGAAGGCGCGGCCUCUGCAUCGGCUGCAGGCUCGGCGGCCAGCGAGCAAGUUUCGUCUGUCGCCGCCCCCGUGUCCGCUGAGAGUGUCGUAUCGUCGCUGAGCUCAGCCUUUAGCAGCGCAUCAGAGAGUGCGUCGGAACGGGUCUCCAGUCUUGUCGAUGGGACCCCGUCGCCGUCGUCUGCUGGUGCCUCCAGUGGGUCCAUCUCUAGCUCAACGCGGCCGCUUGCCUCGGCCAAGAUUGUGGCAGACGCUCCUGUAAUUGUCGCCAACGCUAGUGAGACUACCUCUCCCGACUUGGGAGAUGCCAACAAGCCAGCGCCUGUGCCCGUGCCGCAGUCUUCCGACGACUCCAUGGCGCAGCUCCCAGAGGACGACCAAGACGAUGAGGAGGUUGAACUUGACCAAGCGCCGCCCGCACAGACUGCUUCGGCGGUCAAGCCUGCCAUAUUCGGGGCCGCGGCUCAAGCGGUACCCAGCCGGAAGCCCAUCAUCGACGAUGAUACGGUGGAGUCUAUCAAGCAAGCUGGUGUAGACGUGCCAGCCAAGAUCUCGUCGGUGGCUUCCUCAGCCUACUCUGUGGCUAUGUCACGCGCUUCGGUGCAGUACGACUCGGCGCUGUCGCUUAUCUCGGCCAACAUGCAGGGUACUCCGCUGCCCAUGCACUCGUCGCUUCUCUCGUCCGUGUCGGCUGCAUACAGCAAGGCCGUGGCGUCGGCUAGCUCCCGCCUCGGCGACGCCGUACACUCGGCCGAGAGCAUCUACGGCGCCGCCUCCACCAAGGUUGCGCCUACACCAACUCCGACCCCUUACGUCGACUGGGCCGCCAUCGAGACCAUCGCUGCCUCGCGCUUGAGCCAGGGACGCGCAUGGGCCGAGGAGCAAUAUGAGAGCGCCAAGGUGGCCAUCGGCGUGGCCACCCCGACGCCCACGUCACCCGUCGAUAGGCUGCUGCAGAAUGCCCAGUUCAACUACUACGCCGGGCUAGGCGUGGCGCACGCGCGCUACUCCGAGUUCCUGGCAGCCGCGUCGUCGGCUUACAGCUCGCUGACGGCCUCCCCGACGCCGACCGACGUUGCGGGAACCGUCUCGUCUGUUGCGUCGGUCGCCAGCGAAUCCGCCGCCUCGGCCGCCUCUGUCGUCGGCGAGAACGUGGCGGCUGCCGCCGCAGCGGGCUUCGACAAUGCGUCGUCUGUGGCUGACGCUGCGGGGAGUGCUGUCUCGGCCAACUGGGAAGCCGUCGUCAGUCAGCUGAGCGCGCGCGUCUACGGAGCACCGACACCGACGCCGUGGUACGAAAGCGUCUACAGCGCGGUGGGUGAGUACGCCGCGGCAGCCACUGGGGCCGUCGGCGGCAGCGCCUCGAGUGCUACGGAUGCUGCCGGCUCGGCGGCGGCGACGGCGUCGGCCGAGGCUGCAAAGCAGUACGCCGUCGUCAGCAGCAUCGUGUCGGAGCUGCUUGUCGGCAAGGAGCAAAGCUUCUCCGAGAGCGUCUUUUCCCGACUAGGAGCGGCCUACGCUGAGGCUACCGCCACGGCAAAGUCUGCCGGGGACAAGGCGGCUAGCGUAGCUAGCGAGGCCACCGAGGCCGCAAAGAGCGCCGCCGAUCGUGUUCGGGAUGAGCUUUGAGUAUUUUUGACCGACACAUGCACUCUUUCUUUCCUUUCCUAUAACUCUUAUAUGCCCUUUCAAGAGGAGGCCAUGGGCUACAGGUGUACGAUGAGAGAUUUGCGAGCAGCAAGGGACCUGGUAACACCCGUGAAAUGUCUAGGUAGACAGAAUACGCAGAGGCGAGGAAGAAGGCGGUUGAGGCACACGAAAAGAUAAUAAGGAUACAAGCCCAGCGGGAGCGCCUGGUGGCGGGCGUCCUGAGCCCGCCGAACACCACACGCCGCUACGACGAGAUUGGCCGAUCGGGGAAAAGGAGGAAGGUUACUGCGGGUGGGAUUUCUCAAUUUUAUCAUUUUCUUUCUCUCGUCCUUGUUCAUCUGGUCUGCAAUUUCUCCGGGGAUGUUUUUUUUUUUCGGACGGUCUCUUGCUUCCAUGUAUCUCUAGCCACCAUAUCAAAUACCCACUCCCAACGGUUUUGGCUUUUUAGGUGUGUCAAUCUGUGCUGCUUUCCUGGCCGACCGACG